CAUUGAAAGCAUUAGAACCCGGCUAUAAAGGUUUGCCAGCGCUGAGCAGCGGCGGAGACAAAUCAAACAAAACGUUUUAAUAUAUCAACCAAAUGUCGCGCUUUAUGUUAAUCGCUUUGCUUGUGCUAGUGCAACUGCUACAGUUGGCACUCGCUAAGCAGCACAGCUGGUGCGAUGCAUCGCUCUGCGCAGGAGUCAAGCACAUAGCCUGCCGCAACAAUGGCCAUUUCCACAAACGCUGCCAGCCAGAUGCCUUCGAGGUGGAGAUCUCAGCUAGAAAUAAGGCGCACUUUGUGCAUGGACACAACAAGCGUCGCAACUUUGUGGCGCUGGGCAAGCUGCCUGGCUAUUAUCCUGCUGCCCGCAUGACCACCAUGAUGUGGGACGAUGAGCUGCAGUACUUGGCCUCACUCAAUGUGCGCACCUGCAAAUUGGAUCACGAUGCUUGCCACAAUUCUUACCGGUUUGCCAACUCCGGUCAGAACCUUUGCGCCGUCUGGCGUAAUCGUAAUCCACACGUGAAUGUCACCAGCCUCAUCGAAGAGUCCUUGGGCUUGUGGUUCAAUGAGUACGAUCUGAUAGACAGCAGCUAUAUAGACAGAUUUCGCGUAACCAAACAUUUUGAGGAGUACGGACACUUUGUGGAAAUGGUUGUGGACAAAAGCGCUAAAAUAGGCUGCGCCAUUUUAAGAUUUACACGCCCCGAUCAUACCUAUGGGUAUGUGUAUAAUGUUGUCUGCAAUUACUCGUCCAUUUACGCCCUGGACGCACCUGUCUAUGAGGUAGGACGCACUGCCUCGCGCUGCCAAACGGGACGAAAUCCUCUCUAUCCCGGCUUAUGUUCUACGCGAGAGCAUUACGAUCCCAACUGGUGAUGCAACUUGGAGCCGUUGCAAGUAUCUAUAGCUCAGGUUUACUUAUUGUCGUAGUCGUAGUCUAAGUUUAGUGUUCGUUAAUAAACAAAAGGUUAAUGUGUUCAUUUAUAUGCGUGUGUUG